AUGGAGAACCACACCCAAACGAUCGGCUUACUCAUAAAGGUAGUAAUAGACUGGCGUGACGGAAAACGCAAGGCCUCCGAAGCCGAUACGGAACUGCACUUACUCGAAGCGAAUAGGAAGAGGCUCUUAACACAGAAAGACUGGGUCGGCAUCGACCCAUCGAAGCCGGUCAGUCUGCGGUUCCGCUCGAGCAGAGAGAAGAGCAAGAUCGGCAAGCGCAGAAGAACGACAAGAGGACGCGGUGCAGCCCCAAGACGAAAGAACAAGGAUGAAUUCGGGAAUGAAGUCCAUGACUUUGCAGACGAUUCCUUUGCCCAAGUCCAUGGAGAUAGUGGUCCACGCCAGCGUCUAGAUGAUGUUCGAAUCCGGAUUGGCACAGAUGCAAUGACAAACACUUACUCUACACAAUUGGACCAAUAUGCGCAGUCGCAUGCUUCGUCUGAAUCCAUGCUUUUCGACCAGGAAGGACCGCUUGCACAGCUACGCUCAGCGAAGCCACCUGCCGACCUUGAGCUUCUUGCAGCAACUAGUGCUUUCGAGCAAGCUGAUGUUGCUUCCCGUGCGCCAUCGACCGGUGAACAACCUCAGUACUAUGGCCUUGCUCGGCGCAGUGUAGCUAGUCCUUCUCCAGACGCGUCUGAGCAAAAGAGCUUUACGGGUGACCAGUUUGAGCUGCAGUGUCAACCUGCGACGAUGACUUUUCGUGAAAACAAGAGCUCUACGCAUGACUUCCGACUCUCACACCAUGCUUACGGGGAAGAGCGCGCAUUUCGUCUCGCCUUCAGCGGCUCCAACUCUACUGCAGGUGCCCGUGGUCGCACUGCGUCGGAUGGCAACCAGAUCGGUGAGACAAAGCCUUUUGACGAUCCAGACUCGGUAGGUGAGUCCAAGACGGGAUAUGUGCAUCAGCACAAUAUUGAUAGGGAACGAUCAGUCGGUGUUGACGUUUCUGCUGCCAAUACAAUCGUCGAUGAGGGCCCCUGGAAGACGUAUCUCGCAAUCUCCGAUGGUUCAAGCCACUCCGACAAAUCCAUUCUAUCCAGAAGCAGCGUCCCGCAUGAUUACCCCGCCAAGAGACAUAAUAACGAAGCUGCAAUGGACUGGUCACAGCAUGCCACUCAAGGUCAGGGCAACGAGAGUCGCAUUAGCUCGUCCUCCGUUUCCGCCUCUUUGCCGUCUUUGAAGAGAGGUGUAAGAAAACCAAUAUCGGUGCAUGCCUCCGACAUGGCCCUCAUUCGUCGGGACAGACCGGUCAACGCUGCUGUGCAAAGUCUGGACGAAGACGAGAAGAAUUGGCAAGCUGCCGGCCAUCCUUACUUAGCGAACGGCAACGACGACAACGGCGAGCCUACCGGAUAUGUGUCCGAAGGGCUACGAGAGGCCGCUGGUGCCCAAGGGCCGAAUGCGGUGACACGACAUCAGGGCAUGAAAGGAAUCAAGGCAUGA